ACAUAUGUCAGACACAUAUCUACUCUAUAUAAAGCACCGCUCAAUAUGUUAAAAGCUUCCAUGUGAGAAAUGCUCUGAGAGAUAAAAGUCAUAUUCAAAUAUAAACCCCAAACAAAAGGGGGAAAAAAAAAAAAAUGCCCACCAACCCAUCAUCGGAUCCCGGUGACCUACGGUCACCUCUUCUGUGUCCGGUGAGUAAAUCGGCCGGAGAACCCGAACCGGAGAAGCUAUGUAUCGACGACAUGCUCCAAAAGUACUGCGGCGAGUUCGGGGCGUGGCAACUGAGGCACUUCGUGCUGACCAGCAUGGCUUGGGCCCUGGAGGCGUUCCACACCAUGGUCAUGAUCUUUGCAGACCGUGAACCGGACUGGAGGUGCAUGGAUGGUGCUAUUGGGUCCGGAUGCGAUGCAAUGGCUAAGACCGUCUGUGGGUUCGAACCCGGUUCGUGGGAAUGGACCGGAGGACCUGGUGGCUCGACCGUAUCUGAGUGGGCUUUGGUUUGUGGUGAGAAGUACAAGGUUGGGCUGGUCCAAGCCGUGUUCUUUGGCGGCUGUAUGAUUGGUGCCGGAAUAUUCGGCCACCUAUCAGACUCAUGGUUGGGAAGAAAAGGCUCCCUCACAGUGGUAUGCAUUUUGAACACCAUCUUUGGCUGCUUGACAGCAUUCUCCCCAAACUACUGGAUCUACCUCGUACUCCGCCUUCUGACGGGCUUGAACACAGGCGGGGUGGGCCUAUGUUCGUUCGUCCUGGCCACGGAGCCCGUGGGCCCAACGAAGCGAGGAGCAGCGGGAAUGUCCACCUUCUACUUCUUCUCCACAGGGAUUGCAAUUCUUUCGGGAAUAGCCUUCAUUUUCCCAUCGUGGCGUGUCCUCUACAUCGCUUCCUCAAUUCCAUCCCUCCUCUUCACCAUCACUAUCCUACCUUUCGUCUCCGAGUCACCAAGGUGGUUCUUAGUCCGCGGACGAGUGAACGAGGCCGUGCGGCUCAUGCGUACCAUUGCCCAGUCCAAUGGCAAACACCUUCCUGAUGAAGCUGUCUUAGCCCUUGAUGAAGAAGCAAAAAGUACUACUAGUCCGAACAAAGAUGAUGAUGAUGAGUUGGAAUUGGAAUUGGAAUUGGGGAAUAAAGAUGCAAUAACUGGUUCUCUGAUCGAUGUGAUAAAGUCACCGGUCACUCGCAUUCGUCUAUUCCUAGCAGUUGCCAUCAAUUUCUUGUGCUCUGUGGUGUAUUAUGGUCUUAGUUUGAACGUCGUCAACUUGGACACCAAUCUUUACCUCAGUGUUCUGCUCAACGCCGUAGCGGAAAUGCCUGCUUUUACAAUAACUGCAAUUUUGCUGGACAGGUUGGGAAGGAAGCCAUUGACUAUCGGGACAUUGUGGUUCAGCGGCUUCUUUUGCUUUAUGGGGAGCACGGUGAGAAGUGUUGGAAUAUGGAAAGUGGUGAGAAUGGUUUGCGGGAUUUUGGGGAUAUUUGGGAUGGCUGGGACUUAUAAUUUGCUGUUUAUUUAUGCCUCGGAGUUGUUUCCUACGGUGGUGAGAAAUGCGGCCCUUGGAUGUGCGACGCAAGCCGCGCAAAUGGGGGCCAUUUUGGCACCUCUUGUGGUGGUUUUGGGAGGCGGCUUACCCUUUUUGGUGUUCGGUGCGUGUGGGUUGGUGGCUGGGAUACAUGCAUUCUAUCUGCCAGAGACACUCAAUCGGCCAUUGUAUGACACUAUGGCUGGGAUAGAGGACGGUGAGAGUGAUCAUAGAAGUACUACUGUCUGAAAAAAAGUGUUGAAUUAUUUCUACACUACAAAACUUGAUAGAGAAAUAUAUUCCAACUUUUUCAUAUGGA